AUGCCGCUGCAAAUAAGACGGAAUGCCUGCACUUCAUUCCUUCGGGAAAAUCUGCUGACUAUCCUCACUAUAAUAGGGGUAGUUUCGGGAACUUUACUGGGAUGGGGCUUGAGGGCAUCCGGGAUAGAGUGGUCUAGAAGAGACGUGAUGUACUUCCAGUACCCGGGAGAGCUGUUCUUGAGGAUGCUGAAGAGUUUGAUCGUACCCCUUCUAGUAUCGUCUAUUGUAUCUGCAAUCGGAUCGUUGGACCUUAGUCUGUCGGGGAAGGUUGGUCUCCGCGCCAUCAUCUACUACAUGACGACCACCAUAUGCGCUGUGAUGCUGGGUAUAGCUCUCGUUACCACAAUCAAGCCCGGCAAACACUCUGAGGAGUAUAACACUAACUCCACAAGGAAACUGGUGACCAAGGACACUCUGACUUCGGACACUUUGUUGGAUUUGAUAAGAAACGUAUUCCCAGAGAACUUAGCGCAAGCAACAAUCGCGUCUUACCGCACAAGGCUGACUUACGACCAGAACGACACUAGAAUUAUUAAAGGCCAGUUGGAAACCUAUAAGAUAGAAGGUGACUACCAAAGCGGCAGCAAUGUCUUGGGGUUGGUGUGUUUUAGCGUUGUGCUCGGCAUUACGCUCGGGAAAAUGGGGGAUAAGAGCCAGCCGCUGCAGACAUUCUUCCAUUCACUGUCUGAAGCCAUGAUGAUUAUCACGGGAUGGGUUAUUUGGUUAUCUCCUUUGGGAGUAUUCUUCCUUGUUACAGCUAAGAUCAUGGAGAUAGAAUCCUUCGCUGAGCUGGUCGGUCGUCUGGGUCUGUACUUCAUGACUGUACUUCUGGGCUUGUUUUUACACGGUUUUGGAACUCUUAGCGUUUUAUUCAUAUUGGCUACCAAGAAGUUGCCAUGCCGGUACAUCGCUAAAAUGGGUCAAGUUAUGGCUACUGCGUUUGGUACUGCAUCAAGUUCAGCAACGAUGCCCAUAACGAUUGGCUGUUGUGACGACAUGGGUCUGGACCCUCGCAUCACACGGUUCGUGAUCCCGAUCGGAGCUACCAUCAAUAUGGACGGUACAGCACUCUAUGAAGCCGUGGCCGCCAUAUUUAUAGCGCAGAUGAGAAAAGUCGACAUGUCCUUCGGAAAGAUAGUUGCUGUUAGUGUGACAGCCACAGCUGCUAGUAUUGGGGCGGCGGGCAUCCCUCAGGCUGGUCUGGUUACCAUGGUGAUGGUCUUAGACACCGUCAACUUACCCGCGGAAGACGUCUCCAUCAUCCUCGCUGUGGAUUGGCUACUUGACAGAUUCAGGACAACUAUAAACGUGGUAUGCGAUGCUCUUGGCGCGAUCAUUGUGACGUCACUCUCACAGGGAGAUAUUGAGAAGACAAGAGCAUUACAGAACGACAGAGAAGUAGCCGCUGGUCACGAGCUCACUGAGUUAGAAAAAGGUGAACAUUGA